UGGUGUGCAUUCCCCUGCGUUUCGGCUGGCAGGGUGCGGAUGGAAAGAGAAUAGAGACGUGUACCUUUAAGAGAGAAAGAAAGCAGGAAGUUGCUUCGGUGUUGUUGCUGCAGGAAAAGGCUCAGCAGAGACCCUUUUGCACCGAGUGACCCAGGCAGUGGCACCUUUCCUCCAGCUAGCAGCCAGGCCAUUUUCGUUCUAGCCAUGCAAAGCACUCUGAAUUAUCUCUGGAAAACAGACGAUGUUCUUGGUCAAGGUGCCACUGCCAGUGUGUACAAAGCACGCAACAAAAUAUCAGGGGAACUGGUUGCUGUCAAAGUCUUCAACAGUGUCAGUUACCUGAGGCCUCAGGAAGUGCAGAUAAGAGAGUUUGAGGUGCUGAGGAAGUUAAACCACCAGAACAUUGUCAAACUGUUUUCCGUGGAAGAAAUAGAAAUCAGCAAACAGAAGGUGUUGGUGAUGGAGUACUGUUCAGGUGGGAGCCUGCUGAGCCUGUUAGAAGAGCCAGAAAAUGCCUUUGGCUUAUCAGAAUCUGAGUUCCUCAUAGUGUUGCACUGUGUAGUAUCUGGAAUGAACCAUCUUCGUGAGAAUGGGAUUGUUCAUAGAGAUAUCAAACCAGGAAACAUCAUGCGGUUAACCAGUGAAGACAGACAGAGUAUAUACAAACUGUCUGAUUUUGGAGCUGCUCGAGAACUGGAUGAUGAUGAAAAAUUCGAAUCAGUUUAUGGGACAGAAGAAUAUCUUCACCCAGAUAUAUAUAAGCGAGCAGUGCUGAAGAAGCCCCAGCAGAAAGCUUAUGGGGUGACUGUAGAUCUGUGGAGUAUUGGGGUUACCUUUUACCAUGCAGCUACAGGUAGCCUACCAUUUAUCCCUUUUGGAGGACCUCGUAGGAACAAGGAAAUCAUGUAUAAAAUAACAACCGAGAAACCUACCGGAGCAAUAGCAGGUGUCCAGGAGCAAGAAAACGGGGCCAUCAUCUGGACCGAUGAGCUGCCAAUCUCAUGCCAGCUAUCUUUAGGACUGAAGAGACCACUUGUUCCCAUCCUUGCAAACAUUCUAGAGGCGGAUCAAGAGGAAUGCUGGAGCUUUGAUCAAUUUUUUGCUGAAGCUAAUGAUAUCUUACAUAGGACAAUAAUUCACGUCUUUUCAUUGUCACAAGCUGUAAUGCUCCAUGUCUAUAUCCACCCCUAUAACACAGCCAUCAAAUUUUUAGAAGAAGUCUUUAGGCAAACGAGUACAGCUCCCUGUCACCAGGAAUAUUUAUUUGAAGGGCACUCAUAUGAACUGGAGCCCAACCUGCAAGUUUGCCAUUUCCCCAAAACCACAGAAACCUGCCCUUUCAUCCUGAUGAGCACAGAUCCUGAGGAUCCAGUGGGACUCAGAUACAGAGAUCCAACUUUGGAGUUCCCCAGAUUCCUUCCGAAGGUUGAUGUCAUUGCAGAUUGCAGCACAGCAAAGGGCGUUCUGAGUGCAACUCACCAAACACUGAGGAUAUCUCAGUCAUUUCUGAAGGAUCAAGAGCUCAUCCUUAGAGGCUUGUAUUGGCUGAGUGAAACCUUGAAAUCGAAGUGUCCCCAGUUCCUAGAAAAGAGGCAAGCUGUGAUGGGAAUGCUCAGCUUCACACAACAAAUAGAGAUGAAGCUCCUGCUCCUGUAUGAGGCUGUUACUGGAGACUCUGGCAUUCCAGAAAUGAAAGGUGUGACUGAACUGAAAACAAGACUUCAAGCUAUCAGUGAAGAGAUAUCCAGAUGUAGCCACAGCAUUUCUGAACAGCAAGCUGCAUUGCAAGGCAUUUUGUCUGAAGUUGGGAAAAAACAGAACCAAAUGAAAGAAGACAGAAGUAUCCAGAAGAUGGAGGCCUGCCUUGACAAAAUGCAGCUCAUCUAUGCCCAGUUCAAGAAGGCCCGGAAAUGCCCACGGCUUGGUUACAAUGAACAGCAAAUCCACAAGCUAGAUAAAUUGAAUUUAGGACAUUCGGCCAAAAAAGUUAUUUCGGUUUUCCAAGAUAAUUCUGAACACCAAUACCGAGCUGCUCUUUCAGGACAUGGGACGAGAAUGAGGAAGGCAUUUGAAAUACAGAAGAAUUUGAAGAAGUUGAAUCGAUCUUUAACUACCUGCAGCACAGAGAUGUCAGGAUGUCAGGACUGCUUGGUUAAAGUUUUAGACGAGUUGCACCAGAGAACCCUCCAAGGCAAAACAACAUCUUCUGUCCCUACUCAAGUUUGCUUAAAUCAGAAACAUAAAGAUGUAGCAUUUGGGAUACAAGAACUUCAGGAUCAGAUGAAAAUAGUUGCUCACAAUCUCCAGCUCAACAACAACAUCAUCCAGCGGUUAAAUGGUGUUGCACCAGGACUAUAGGGGACACAGCAGGGUGCUGAGCCCGAAACAACAUCGUAAUGUUGAAAGUUACUGUCCUCUAAGGCUUAUGGCAAAAAUGUCAUAUUCAGUAUUUAAAAUGCCAGUGAAUUCUACCUCCUGACUGUAGCACUUUGGUGUGGCCUUAAGAGCCAAUGUUCCGGCUGUUCAGCAUUCCUUGUUCAGCCAAGUAUCUCUGAUGUUCUUAGUUUGUGCUGAGAGAGAAUGAUUAGGAGAUGUGCCGAUUUUUGCAGCUGAGAUGGCCAUUCUGUUUCCUUGGUUCAGGCUAAACUUUUUGAAGUAUUUUUUUAUCAGAUAUUUGUUGGGAAAGACUCAGUUGUGGAUUUUUCUUGCCAUAUAAUUUUAAAAGUCACAGGAGAACUGCUAAAACAAAAACUUUGGAAAACAUGUUGUUUUUCAGAAGAAUAAAUGCAUAUCUUUCUAGUAAAGAUCUUAAACAUUAGUAUCUAAUUCCCUGAUCACUGUUUUCUCAUUCAUUCAUUUGAUUGGUAUCCCAUCUUUCUCCUGAAACAGGGACUAUGUUUAAUACUGAGCAGUUUUUACCUACCUAACAAUUUUUGAAGUGUCUUAGGAAAGAAAACAAAAGCUUCUGGUGUUGAUUCAAAAGGAUCUUAUGUCUAAAGAACUCGAGGUACAUGCUAGGUCUUGAGCAGUGACCCAGAUACAAAUUCCAAAACAGACAUACUAGAUAGCACUCACUGUAUUACAGAUCUCCAGUGCAGUUUAUAGAUAAAACAGUGGUGUCUGCAGACUACUAUUACUGUGUAUCUUUCCAAACAAUAAAGAACAUCAUAAAUCCUC